AUGGCGACACCAACAGGCAACGAUGCCAACCUCACAGCUAAAAGGCUAAAUGUCCUAGUCUACUCCGGUUCGCUCACCGAAUCCGCCUGGAAAAUGAGCCGCUUUCUGACCGACACACUCGACACAGGAACCGGAACCACCGUCGACUCCGUCCGCCAUUGCGUUUACACCUUGCGCCGUCUGCUCGCACCCAAUUAUGCCGUCACGCCUGUUACAGCUGAAAUGCUGCUCAAUGAGCCAUGGACCGCGUCCUGUGCUCUGUUGGUGAUUCCUGGCGGCGCGGACCUGGGAUACGGCCGUACGCUCAACGGAGCGGGGAAUCGGCGCAUUACACAGUUUGUGCGCCGGGGUGGGCGGUACUUGGGUUUAUGCGCGGGUGGGUACUAUGGAAGCAAGCGCUGCGAAUUCGAGGUUGGUGAUAAGACUAUGGAGGUUGUGGGGGAGCGGGAAUUGGCGUUUUUCCCGGGGACUUGUCGCGGCGGGGCUUUCCCGGGGUUUGUUUACCAUAGUGAGGAUGGUGCGCGCGCUGUUGGGCUGGAUGUUUCGAAGGAGGCGUUGGGUGUGGGAACUGUGCCUACUACGUUCCGCUCCUACUACAAUGGGGGUGGUGUGUUCGUAGAUGCUGCACUUUACAAGGAGAAGGGAGUAGAAGUGCUGGCCAACUAUAACGAGAAGCUAAAUGUGGAUCCUGGUGAGGGUGGUGCUGCUGCUGUCGUCUACUGUAAGGUUGGUGAUGGUGCGGCUGUCUUGACGGGGCCACAUCCAGAGUUUGCCGCUGCCAAUCUUGACCCUAAGGCUGGUGGACCUGGUUUUGCGGAUCUUGUUGCUGCAAUUGCCGCUGAUGAUAAGAAGCGCACGGAUUUCCUGAAGGCUUGCUUGUCCAAGCUGGGACUGCAAGUCGCAACAGACAGCUCUGUUGUUCCUUCGUUGUCAUCUUUGCAUAUUUCUGGUCAGGACCCGGAGCGUUCAUUAGAAAUCUUGUCACUUCUUGCACCCGACCUGCAACAGGAGAAGAACAACGAAUACCUGAAAGAUGAGAACGAUACAUUCCGAAUUGAGCGUCCAGGCACUUGGAAUCUGAGCGACUUGGAGGAGGCGCUUCCUGAUGGGGAGAAACCCACAGAGGGAAUUGUUGAUUAUAGGACAAUCACCAAACGACUUGUCUUUCAUGACGAUCUCCCAUCGUCUAAGCUCACACCCUACUUCAAUCACCAUGCAUUCUACGCCAAUCUCCAACAAUAUCAGUCCGAGUCUCGAGAAGGUGCUUCAGAAUUCGGAUCGAACCUUCUGUAUGGCGAGGUGAUCACCAGCACCAACACGAUUCUAGAGAAAAAUACUCAACUUCUCCGUCGUCUUCCCAAUGGAUUCACUGCUACAGCCACUGUUCAGGUCGCCGGACGGGGCCGAGGUUCUAACGUAUGGAUCUCUCCACCUGGCUCUCUCAUCUUCUCCACCGUGGUCCGGCACCCAAUGGAGAAGAUGCAAUCAGCACCCGUUAUUUUCAUCCAGUAUUUAUCCGCCAUGGCCGUUGUACGGGGUAUCAAAUCAUACGCCAAAGGCUACGAGACUAUCCCCGUGAAGUUAAAAUGGCCAAAUGACAUCUAUGCCCUAGACCCAGAAGACCCUGAACAAAAACGCUAUACCAAGAUCUGCGGCAUCCUCAUCAACUCCCACUUCAUGUCCAACGAGUACAUUUCCGUCGUCGGCAUCGGCAUCAACACCACGAAUGCCUCUCCCACAACUUCACUCAGGGCCCUCGCCGAACGAUACGCUUCAAAUGAUGCCGCUACCAAGUCUCCGGUCACGUUGGAGAAACUUCUCGCGAGCAUCCUGACUACUUUUGAGGAUCUUUACACCCGCUUCUUGCGAACGGGCUUUGAUCGCGGCUUCGAGGCAAUGUAUUACCAGGACUGGCUCCAUAUGCAUCAGAUAGUCACGUUAGAAGAGGAAGGUGGUGCCCGUGCUCGAAUUCAGGGCAUCACGCGUGAUUACGGGUUGUUGAUCGCAGAAGAGCUUGGAUGGGGUGAUAGGCCUACUGGUCGGUUGUAUCAGUUGCAGAGUGACAGCAACAGCUUUGAUUUCUUCAAGGGGCUGGUUAAGCGGAAGCUUUAG